AUAGAAACCCGUUAGAAACUUUGUUUCUAACAUUUGGUAUCAGAGCCAUGGUCGAAGAUCUGAGUUCGUCAGAACUCUCAAUCGGGGACGAAUGGAUAUAUGAGGACAUCAAACCCGACGUCAUGAGGUGGGAUCUACGACAUCGCAUUAUCGUGUUCUUCUCUUUACCUGGGUUCGAGAAGGAGCACGUGGAAGUGCAGAGGAUUGGAUCUGAUGUACUAGCCAUAACGGGUCAACGACCAUUGGCUGAUGGACACAGAUGGAUCCGGUUCAAGAAGCUUAUUCGGUUCAGAGCUAUAUACAACAUUGCCGAAUAUCGUGCUGGUUUUGGGAAAAGCGAUUUCAUCAUCAAAAUCCCCAAAAUCAUUGCACCUGCAAUAACCGACACGGACGAUGAAGAGGCAACAGCAAAGCAGCAUCUGAUGGCGCGGGGUGACUCGGAUGAGGACAACAUGGUGCAAAAAGAGCAACCAGAGCUUUCGGCGAUCGAAGAGCCGCUAACAACAGACACCACCGCCACCAUCGCGCCAAGGCGGGAGAAGUCAGCCAAAAUUCAGCCGUUGUCGGCGACGGUGGUCGCGAUAAAGAGGGACAUCGUUGCUCAGGCGAAGGAAGAAGGGGGCCUUGUCACUGCCGCCAAGGUUCCCGACAACAAGAGCGAAAUCAAUUCCGAAGAACCUCAAGUUGCAACGCGGAGCCAGAACCAACAACCAAUCGUUCAGUUAGGGAACGAGGCUAUCAUCAGAAUUGGAAAUAUAAAAAAGGUGUGUGGAGCGUCAGAGAACGAGAAGGCAGCAAACGAAGCUCCACCACAGGUUGAGAACAUGCCGGCGAGUCUCAAAACAAAGCUCGUAGCUUCCGCAACACUUGAAGCCCACAAAACAGAGAUUCCUCGCGCACAACAGCUGCUUCUUGUGGCCACCUCCCAAUUCGAUCAUCUUUCCACACUAGCAGGUGCACCACCGUUCGUCGCCAAUCCUACCGUGGAGCUGCGAUCAGGCCAGAAGCUAGGCGUAGUCAACUGGAAGUUCAAGAAAAAGGCACGAAGUGAGCAGCUGCAGCCGUUCUUGGAGUCGUUGCCAAGUUCGAGAAGGUACUUGGAGCCACCAGUUGGGCUCGGUGAGGCCAACCCGACCGCUGCAACGGCCGAAAUCCAAACGGCCAGCAUCGGGGAGUCUCGAUUGAGCUCACCUGAGCCUCGCGUCACCAUCUCUCGACGCAAAGAGGAGUUGGCGUUGAUCGACGCCGAGUUAAAUGCCGCAACGAACAGGAUCGUCGCACGAGGUCGGGAAAUUCGCUCGUUGCUGGCGGAGCUCGGCACCACAACCGCCGGACGAAACGAGUUGGAGAAGAAGCCUAUGAUUCGGACCGCCACGGGUUAGGAGGCAAGGAAGGCAAGGCAGGCUCGCCGGGUUUCUCUGCCAGCAACACGAAGCGGUUACGGGGCAUCGCAGUAGGCGAGGAAUCCAACGGGUACGGCGAUCGAUGAGAAGAAAGAAGCGGAGCACUCGCCGGAGAAUGGGGCGAAGCGGUUUCCGUCAAAGAAGUUGACGGCGACCAUUGUGGCCGCGUCGACCAUCGAGAAGACAGUGCAGGAGUGGGGGCGAGGAGUGUGCUGGUCUCCGCGUAGUCGGCUUGGCGAUUCGCCGCCAGAAGAAGAACCUGAGCAGACGGCGACCGAAGAAGAGGGCGUCGUUUUCCUUUCGUAGGCUAACCCUAGGUCACGGGAAGUGGACCUGCAACGCACGGAAGCUGGGCUUUUGAUGGGCCGAGAGGAAAUGCAAGGGAGGCUGUCUUUGAGCCAAUCCGUCGAUGGCAGGCCUGUUCACUGGAGACGGAUGGUCUUCAUGGGGCUUGGAAAUUCGGAACAAGACAAGGAAGAAGUCUCUUUGGGUCGAGCUAUGUUGGACACACCAAGCGGGCCAGACCGAGUGGAUCUUGGGCCGCAACCCAAGCUGAAGUGGGAAUUAAAAGAGUUCCAAAAU